AUGAAUGAGAGAAUCAAAACCAAAACUUAAGAUAGAUAAUGUUCGUUCAAAAAGCUCAAAUAAUAAGUUAAUAAUAAGAAAAAUAGCAAAUAAAGAAAAAAUAAAAUAACUGAGCAAGUUUCAUAUUUCUUAUUUGCUAUCAAAAAUAAAAUUGAUGUUAAAAAUCAAGUAAAAAAAUUCAAUUAUGAUUUACCUUAAAUUAAUCUCAAUAUUUUAAAGAUUUGA